AUCCUCGACACUGGUGAAGUGACAAUUAUACAAGGUCCUCAACUUACUUUGUCCGGUUCGCCUUUGUUGUUUGAUCGUCCCAACUUUUGAAACAUUUCCUGAAAUGGCUUACGGGGGCUGGGGCGCUGUAGGAGGAGGUGCUUGGGGUGGUGGACCGGGCAAACCUGAAGAAGAUGAGCCGGAGGUGCCUCGCCAGGCGCCCACGUCAAACAAUGUUGCUUUCGGGGCGAACGCCUACUCCCCACCUCCGCAGUCCUCGUCUCAGCCAGACCUUGCAACUACAAGCCAACGCAGCCAAGCGCCAGCAGCAGGUGGGAAUACAGCCUUUGGUUCCUCAGCAGGAGCAUACGGGCAGGCAGCAGCAGCCCCUCCCUCGCCGUAUGGCGGGGGCGCGUCCACUUCGUUCGGGGCAUCAUCCACAGCGGACCCAGCGCUCAAGCGCAAGGAGGCUGAGCUCGCUGCGAAGGAGAAGCAGCUUAAGGAGCUGGAGGCAAAGCUUACUGCGGCAGGGGCGACUAUUGUAAAGAAGAAUUGGCCCAUCUGCUACCCCAUCCUCUACCACGACAUCGCGGAGGAGAUCCCCGCCAAGGGGCGGCGCGUCGUGCGGGAGGGGUACAUGGCGUGGUAUGGCUUGUGCAUCUGCCUACUGUGGAACUGGUUCUGCACAUGCGUCAUGCUGGGCACGAACGCCAACCAGAAGGUGCCCAGCUGGUUCCUCGGACUGCUGUACAUGCUGCUGGGCAUCCCACUGAGCUGGUGGCUGUGGUACAAGCGCCUGUACGGCGCCGCCAAGGCGGACAGCGCGUUCGGCUUCGUGUGGUUCUUCGUGUGGUUCGCGGUGCACACCGCCUUCUGCAUCUGGGCCGCCAUCGCUGUGCCGUUCAGCGCCAACCAGUGGUCGUUCGCGGGCUUCGUGACCGCCAUGAACGCGCUGGAUAAGGGCAACUUCCCGGGCAUUGUGUACCUGGUGGGCGCCGGCUGCUGGUCCUGUGAGGCGGCGUGGUCCUGCUGGGUCAUCAUGGACGUGUUCCUGUUCUUCCGCGGCAAGGGCGGCGUCAAGGAGGCGAAGGAGGAGGCGAAGAAGGAGGCGGCCAUGUCGGUGCUGCGCGGGCAGAUGGCCAGCCAGGUGUAAGAAGCACGUACGGCACAUACGACGUGCAGUUGCGGAAGGGGGGAAAGGAGCGGAGGCGAGUGGAGCCAGGCUCCGCCCUGAUUGCCCAUCCGGCGCAUGCCUACCGCACCAGACGCGGUUGCUGGAAAGGAGGAGACAGGAGCAGGGGCAGCUCGUGAGCAUUGCCGGUAUAUGUUUGACAGGCGUUUUGACCCAUGCGCAGCAGCCGUGCUCACUAUGCGCCUGCUUACUGGGUGACUGAGCACUGGAGGCACGGGGAGCGCACUCUGGGGAGGGAGGGAGGCAGGAUCACCGGGUUAAUCGGCAGCAGCACGGCAGUGUCGCACAUCAGCCGCUGCUUAGCUGGCGCGGACUCAAGUAUGGGCAACGUUUUGUGCCUGGGGAGUAGGAGUUUGUUUCUUGUCACGCAUUACGUUGGCUUAGCUAUGCAUGCCGCUGUUGUCACAUUUGACCCAGCAUGUCGUUGUGGGGUGGCGCACCUGGAGGCGCUGUAUUGCAGGGGAGGGCCUCAGGCCGCUGUAUGUUCGGGAAAAGGGGCGCUGAUCGUGUGUUACGUGGAUGGAUUUCUGGCCGAUGCCUGUGGUCAAAGGACAACGACUUUUGGUGCCGUAGGAGCCCUGCGGUGUGUCGGCGGGGAGCCCACGCAAGGCUUUCCUAAUGACAGCUGUAAAAGAGACGAGCG